AUGGCAAAAAAAUUAAAAAUACUAUUCGUGCCGAUCGGAGGCGUGGGACACGUGAACGCGUGCAUAGGUAUAGCGCAAGUGCUGCUGAGCGCCGGUCACAGGACUAUAUUCCUGGUGAACGGGCACUGGAAUGGAAAGGAGGGCUCAUAUCUUGGGAAGUAUGGCAUUGAAGAGUACGUGAUUGAAAGCGAUAAAAAUGGGGACAAUUCCGCCCAAAAAUCAGUCAAAGAGUUGGCCAAACGUAUGAUCAAAGCGGGUAAUAUCAGCGGUUUGUCACCUCUCGAAAAGGCUGCCAAACGCAAGGAUGUUGUGGCAAAAUGGAUGGAAAAUGCGGUUAAGCUUGAUCAAUUAUUAAUAACCCUGUUGGGUGAGAUUUCCCCGGAUUUAAUUGUGGUGGAUCAGUUUUUGUCAAUACCGGCAAUUGAGUUAUCCGGUAUACCUUAUGUAUGGUCGUGGAGUACAAAUCCAUUGAAAAUUGAUGAUGAUUGUUUACCUCCACUUGGUUCAGACAUCAGACCAUUGCCUAAAAAUGUCAUUCGUUUUGAUAAUCUUAAACGAGAUAAUGAGAAAACAACUUUUGCGAUACCGGACCAGUUGAGGGACAAACCGGGAAAACUGGACCCCUUCAUGACGAGUACUCAUUGGCUGAUAAUAUGUGGGGCGAGGGGUCUGUCCCUCAGAUCCAAGUCUUACCGUUAG